AUGGCGGUUUUGGUGGUUGAGGAUACAAUGCGCACCAUGAAGGUUUCGGUGGUGGUUGCCGGGGAAGAAAAUAGUGUGCCUCGUCAAGGCAGUUCAGCGCCUUCUAAAAGCCAAGCCAAUGUUUUCACUACCCCAAAUGCAAGAUCAGCGGGCAAAGGUCGUCAAUCGGCUGCUGGAGAAGUCCUAGGAGGUCUAGAUCCAACUCAGGAGAAUCCUGAACAAUUUUCAACUCAAGAAACCAGUCCAGAUGACAAACAUUGGUCUGAUCCUGAUGAACCUAACUUUGUUGAUGAUGUUGAAAUGCCUCACCCAGAUGAUAUAGAGGAUCCUGUUGGAGAUUAUUCUGAUGAUGAGGAUCCAUGGAAACCUUUGAAUCCACAUGAACCUGGCAACCUAAAGAUUCGGCCUUACAUGAGAGAUGGAAGUGAAGGAGCGUAA